AUGGCGAGAUCCACAUACUCCAAGAGCCCUAAACACAGCGUUGUGUCUCACAACGCGAUGAUGACCGCAUUUGCCGAGAGCGGGCAUCUACGGCAGUGUGUGGAGCUCUUCGAGAUCACCGACGGCAGGGAUAUGCUCACGUGGAAUUCGCUGGUUGGUGCGUACGUGGAGAAUGGCGCCAGCGUGGAAGUUGUGCUGCGUGUCCUGGACCACAUGCCCAUGUACGGCACCGUGUCGUGGACAGUGGCCAUUACCGCACUUGCCGAGAAAGGGCAUUUUGGCCGAGCAAAGGAGCUUUUUGAUUCCAUGCCACGGGGAUCCAAAGAUUCCAUCUCUUGGAACGCGCUGCUAGCGGCAUUCAUCGCGACUUCUAGGAUCGUAGAUUCGAAGAGAAUCUUCGAUCUAGUGCCAAAGCAUGGUGAGUUCUCGGUGACGAGCAUGAUCACAGCCUAUGGACGCAAUCUAGACAUCGCCCAGAGCAAAAGAUUCUUUGAUACCUUGUGCUCUAGAGGCCUCAUUCCCUGGAACUCUAUGAUCACGGCAUUUGGAGACAAUUCCUUGAUAGAAGACGCGAAAGCUACAUUCGAAAAGAUGCCAAUGCGAAACACCAGCUCCUGGAACGCGAUGCUCCAGGCAUAUUCCCAGAACGGCGAGCUGCCGGCCGCCCGGGCGCUCUUCGCGCAGAUCCCGGCGCCAAACGCGGUGUCGCGCACGGCGCUGGCCUACGCCUGCUCCCUGGGCGGGCACACGGACGAGUCGAUGCGGAUAUUCCACGCCAUCCCCGACAAGAACCUCAUCUCCCGGAACGCGAUGCUCACGGCAUAUGCCCACGACGGCCGCGUGGCAGAUGCCAGGAAUCUCUUCGAUGCCAUGCUCGAGGACGAGGACUUAGCCGUGGAUCUCAUCACCUGGAACGCGAUGCUCCAGGCCUACGCGCUCAAUGGCCACGGCCUGGAAACUCUCGAUCUCUUCCAAAACUUGGAGCUCCACGGCGUGGAUCCGGACGAGCUCUCCUUUCUCUCGGUCCUCCUGGCUUGCAACCAUCUGGGAAUGGCGAGCUUUGGGCGAUCCAAGCUGCUGAGCAUGAUCGCGGAUCACGGCGUUGGCGCUGGCCCCGAUCACUACGGCUCCAUGGUCGAUCUGCUGGGACGCUCGGGAAGAACCGGCGAUGCCGAGGAGCUCAUACUGACCAUGCCGUUCUUUCCUGACCAAGUUGCCUGGGGAUCGCUGCUGGCGGCAUGCCGGAAGCACAACGACGUAGAUCGUGGAUCCAGAGCCGCCGAGAUUUUAUUAAGAGCCGACGACCAAGCCUCCACACCUUAUUUGCUGCUUGCGAGCCUCUUGUCUGUGAUCACGGUAUAG